CUGGGGAUUGGGCAAUAUGUGCACCUAGCAAAGCCCUUCCUUCUAGUCUUCUAGACGGUUGGUUUUCUUCUGGGUAUUGUGGUCAACGGUCAAUGUCAUCGCCGUGAAGAGGCCGCGGAGAAGGCACACGGUUGUUCAAGCAUUAAAAGUAAGACCAUUCAAAUUGGCUGUUAUACGCGAUAGUUGCUCUAUGAUCUAGACUAGAGGCUUAGUUAGGGUUUUCUGUUACCGCCAUGGAUUUCGAGAGUAGGAGGCUUCAUUUGCUCAUCUCCGUGGUUGCCAUCAUUGCUCUUAGCUUCACAGCUGAAAAAUGCAGGGAACUUGUUGGGGAGGAGGGGUCAUCCCAGAGUGGAAAGUUUACAAUCUUAAAUUGCUUUGAUAUGGGUUCUGGAACUGUAGCAUGUGCUGUCAAGGAAGGUGUGAAGCUCUAUUUUUACAAUAUUAGGUCUUCUCAUGCUGAAAGAGCGAGGAGUCAAGCAAUUGAGUCUGCCCUCGUUGAUGCUGUUACUCAGGGGAUGUCCCCAACAGAUUCAGCAAAACAUGCACAGAAAGAAGGUAAGAAGGCAGCAAAAUUGGCUUCCCGUCAAGCCAAGCGGAUUAUAGGUCCCAUCAUUUCCUCUGGAUGGGACUUUUUUGAAGCUAUUUACUAUGGUGGUACUGUCACAGAAGGGUUCCUUAGAGGCACUGGUACUUUGUUUGGUACUUAUGCUGGAGGGUUCCUUGGGGAGCAAAGGCUUGGUAGAAUUGGCUAUCUUCUUGGAAGUCACCUGGGCAGUUGGGUUGGUGGUAGAAUAGGAUUAAUGGUUUAUGAUGUGGUCAAUGGAGUGCAUUUGUUGUUGCAAUUUGUUCAGACAGGAGAAAUUGAAGUUCAUGAAAAAUCCAAACGAUCUGAAAGUUCCUCCUUUUUUGGGGAAACUCCUGUUUAUGACAGCUCUGAAGGCUCUGGUGUUUAUGAGUCACCUCCCAGUGAAGAAUCCUAUGCCUAUGAAUCUACUGAACGUCAGAGCUAUGAAACAUAUGAAGAUUCUGAACUGUGAUGAAAAUUUGCAGUUCAUAUAUUGAUAAAAUUUCAGGCUGCUCCGAGGGCCUUUAGUGUUGACAAAAUCAUCUCUCAGCAAAGAAAGAAUCCAAUGCCUAUUCUACUGAACCUCAGAGCCAUGAAACAUUAAAAGAUUCUGAACAGAUGAAAUUUUUAAGUUCAUAUAUUGGUACUUGCUCAAACUUUAGGUCGAUUAUUGGUGUUUUUCUUUAAUGUCUUUGCUUCAAUAUAACAGGGAUUGCUAACCCCUGGAGACUUUAUAAGUGCUCCACCUCUUGUAAUUGGCGAAUGUAGAAGGUCCCACCAAUUAUUCUAUUGUUCAAUGUAUCUGUUGCCUUCAGCCUUCAAGAAACUCUAAAUAGCUUCGCUUGGAUUCAAUGGAUAAAAAAAUGAAGUCACAAAGAGAAGUUGGUUGAAACUA